UCUCCAAGACAUCGUGGGUCUUUCUCUGUUGUUUUGGAGGUUACCCAGGAAUUGGAUGAACUUGUCGAUGUUGUUUUGGAGGUUUCUCAGAAAUUUGAAAGUGCGUUGGUCAUCACUUUGAUAGAGAUGAACUUGUCGAAGGAAGUUCGUUUAGCUUGUAAGAUUGAUGAACUUAUCGAAGGAAGUGCGUUUAGCUUGCUUGUGCUUCCGUUCUUCCAGUCUGAUCAGCAGUGUUGCGAAGGGCUCCGUUCUUCCAGUCAGAUCAGCAGUGUUGCGAAGGGCGUUUGUUCUUCCAGUCUGAUCAGCAGUGUUGCGAAGGGCGUCGCGCUUCCAGUCUGA